UUCCUAGGAACGUGGGUUCGUGUUCCGGAUUGUAGGUGACUGUCCCAGCCAAGGAUACUGGAACUAAUGGCUCAGAAGCCUCUACGCCUCUUGGCUUGUGGAGAUGUUGAAGGAAAGUUUGAUGUUUUAUUCAAUAGAGUUCGAGCAAUUCAGAAGAAAAGUGGAGACUUCGAUCUGCUGUUGUGUGUAGGAAAUUUCUUUGGCUGCACUUCAGAUACUGAAUGGGAGGAGUAUAAGACUGGCAUCAAGAAAGCUCCUAUUCAGACAUAUGUGCUUGGUGCCAAUAAUCAAGAAACAGUAAAAUAUUUCAAAGAUGCUGAUGGGUGUGAAUUAGCUGAAAAUAUUACUUAUCUGGGUCGUAAAGGUACCUUCACUGGAAGCUCCGGCCUGCAAAUUGUGUACCUCAGUGGGACAGAGUCCUUAAAUGAGCCAGCCCCAGAAUACAGUUUCAGUCCCCAGGAUGUGUCUUCCCUGAAAACAAUGCUAUGUUCAACAUACCAGUUUAAGGGUGUUGAUAUCUUGCUCACAUCCCCAUGGCCCAAGUAUGUGGGGAGCUUUGGGAAUUCUUCUGGAGAAGUGGAUACUAAAAAAUGUGGUUCUGCUUUGGUCUCCAGUCUUGCCACAGGCUUGAAACCAAGAUAUCAUUUUUCUGCUUUGGAAAAGUCAUAUUAUGAGAGGCUUCCAUAUCGAAACCACAUUGUUCUACAAGAAAAUGCACAGCAUGUCACCCGUUUUAUAGCUCUGGCAAAUGUUGGAAAUCCAGAAAAGAAAAAGUAUCUUUAUGCAUUCAGUAUUGUUCCCAUGAAACUAAUGGAUGCAGCAGAAUUAGUAAAACAGCCUCCAGAUGUCACUGAAAACCCUUAUAGGAAAUCUGCAUCCACAGGAAAGCAAAUUCCUGCCCCUGAGGAACAAUCAACUUGUCAAUUCUUCUUUGAUUUAAAUGAAAAGGAGGGCAGAAAACGUUCAUCCGCGGGCAGAGAUAGCAAGGCCUCUCCUCACCCAAAGCAGCCUCGAAAACCUCCUCAGCCUCCAGGACCUUGCUGGUUUUGCCUUGCCAGCCCUGAAGUGGAAAAGCAUUUGGUGGUCAACAUUGGCACACAUUGCUACCUUGCCCUGGCAAAAGGAGGCUUAUCUGAUGAUCAUGUCCUCAUCCUGCCCAUUGGUCACUACCAGUCAGUGGUGGAGCUUUCAGCAGAGGUGGUGGAAGAAGUGGAGAAAUAUAAAGCUACCCUAAGAUGCUUCUUUAAGAGUCGAAGGAAACAGUGUGUUCUGUUUGAGAGAAAUUAUAAGAGUCAUCACCUCCAGCUACAAGUCAUUCCUGUACCGCUUAGCUGCUGUGCUACUGAUGACAUUAAAGAUGCCUUCAUUACCCAGGCACAAGAGCAACAGAUAGAGCUAUUGGAAAUCCCAGAGCACUCUGAUAUCAAGCAGAUUGCACAGCCAGGAGCAGCAUAUUUUUAUGUUGAACUUGACACAGGAGAGAAACUUUUCCACAGAAUUAAAAGGAAUUUUCCUCUGCAAUUUGGAAGGGAGGUGCUGGCUAGUGAAGCAAUUCUUAAUAUUCCUCAGAAGUCUGACUGGAGGCAGUGUCAGCUCAGCAAAGAAGAAGAAGAGACCUUGGCUUACCGCUUCCGGAAAGAUUUUGAGCCCUUUGACUUCACUCUGGAUGACUAAGCAAAGGGAAGAACACACACACACACA